CGGGGGAGCGCGCGCGCGGCGGCCGACCCGACAACGCAGCCCCUGGUCUGCCGUGUGCCGGUCCGUGCCGGGCUGAGCUGGGCGGAGGCCGAACUGGUCUGGCUGGUGCUGGGGCUGAGCUGGGCGGUGAUGCGAGUGAACUUUGGCUAGUGGACCUGAACUGCUUUGAACUGAGCUGCGCUGCGCCGAGUGGGGUCGAGCUGUUUGGAGCGGAGCUGGGACAUUGCGCUUGGGGCUGAACUGUAUCGAAUGGAGCUGAACUGUUCCGAGGACGCUGAGCUGGCGUGAGACGAACGAGCGAGCUGACGACAGCAGUCAGCUGCGAGCCAGUACCAGCAGCACCGCGGCUCGGGUAGCCGCGCCACCGAGCUACGUGGACUGCGCUGAGCCACGGGAGCAAAGCUGGGCUGAACUGAGCGAGCUGAGCUGCGCUGAGCUGAGCUGAGCUAAACUGAGCUGAGCUAAGCCGAGCUACACCACCCCGUGAUCGCGUGUUGGGGGCGAGUGCGGGGAUCGGCGCCCUGACCGCAGCAGACCUCUGCCGCAGGGGAUGACCGGUCCAACCUGCUAGAUCCGAGCAGGCCAGCCGUUCGGGUCGACCCAGCGGCAGGCGAGGAGCCGUGUACGGAGGUCCGUGCGUCUCUCCGUCAGCGCGGAGCUCUAGCGCUGCUGUCCCGGCACGCUUGAGCCCACCGCCUGCUCCCGGUGCCAGCAGGCGGUGCAUCGCCGCUGCCUCCGCGCCCGGGGCCCGGCUGGAGGUCGGCACAGGUCCGCCGCGUCCGGCGGACCGCGGCGCUCGGUGCGCUCCGAGAAGUCGCCAUGCUGCUGCGAGUGAUGCUGCUGUUGCUGGCCGCCGCGCCGUGGUCCUUGGCUGACCUGGACACGACAAGUCUAUACGGAGCUAGUGACAAAAAAGGCCAGCUGACUCACGUGUCAGCUGCUGAGGGCAAGACAGCUGAGCUGCCGUGUGACGUCACGCCGCCGGUGGCUGGGGACGAGCUGCGAUUGGUGCUCUGGUAUUACGGCACCGGCGGCACGCCGAUAUACACGUAUGACUCUCGCAAGAGCAGCCGGAUUAGCGGCGCGCACUGGGUGGACCCCAAGCUGGACAGCAGCCGGGUGCAGUUCCACGCGGACUCCCGGCCGGCCCACCUGCGGGUCACGGCCGUGCAGCGCGAGGACCAGCGCCUGUACCGCUGCAGGGUCGACUUCCUCCACUCGCCCACCAGAAACUCGCGCGUCAACCUCACCGUCAUCGUGCCUCCGGGGCCUCCGGUGGUGACGGACGAGACGGGACGGGUGAUCGGCAGGGGUGCCAGCUCUCGACACCGCGAGGGCCAGAUGCUUCAGCUCACCUGUCGCUCCUCUGGAGGCUCCCCGCUGCCGAACGUGACCUGGUGGCGGGGCAGCGCCCUGCUGGACGGCACGUGGCAGCCGGGCGCCAACGGCUCCGUCUCCAACCAGCUGAUCGCCGGGCCGCUGAGCCGGGACGACCUGGGCGCCGAGUACACGUGCUGGGCGGCGAACCACGCGCUCAGCCCGCCGCGCUCCACCACCGUCGCCAUCGACAUGCUGCUGCGCCCGCUGAGCGUGGCUCUGCUGGGCACCAACAACCCGCUGUCCGUGGGGGUCACGUACCUGCUGACCUGUCAGAGCGCCGGGUCACGACCUGCCGCCGUCAUCACCUGGUGGCUGGGCGGCCGACAGCUGAAGCUCACCAAUCAGACCAGCAGUCACGAUGGCAACGUCACCACGUCGAAGGUCACACUGACACCGAAAGUUAAGGAUAGCGGCCAGAUAAUCCGCUGUCAAGCCAGUAAUCCGCACCUCAGUGACACGAUCGAGGACCUGUGGCGGCUCAAGAUACGGUAUGCGCCGCUCGUCCGUCUCCAGCUGCGCUCGUCACUGCCGAGCCGCGGCGUCAGGGAGGGCGAUCUCGUUGCCAUGGAGUGCCGGGUUCAGGCCAACCCUGCCGCCCUCAGGGUCGUCUGGAAACGCGACGGUGAGGCGCUGGUCAGUGACCCGCGCCAUGGCCUUGUGCUGGCCAACAACUCCCUGAUCCUCCGCGGUGUCACUCGCGCCGCCUCCGGCAACUACUCCUGCGAGGCCUUCAACGACGAAGGCACGGGCACCAGCAGCGUUGUGCGACUUCGGGUGCAGUACGCCCCCGCCUGCCGGCCGGACCACGUGACCCAGUACGCCGUGUCGCGCGGCGAGACGGUGAACGUCACGUGUCGCGUGACGGCAGAGCCGGCGCCGUUCCGCUUCGUCUGGGCGUUCAACACGUCAGGUCACGUGAUCGACCUGCCGGAGUCGAGCUGGCAGAGCGCGGGCGCUGCCAGCGUGUGCCGGUACACGCCGCGGACCCAGCUGGACUAUGGUGACCUCCUCUGCUGGGCGGAGAACGACCUGGCCCAGCAGGCCCGACCCUGUGUCGUCUCCAUCGUACCGGCCGAGCGGCCAGAGCCCCCGGCCAACUGUUCGGUGGCCAACGGCACGUCGCAGUCGGUGGACGUGGUGUGCGCGGCCGGCCGCGACGGCGGCCUGUCGCAGACGUUCGCGCUGGAAGUGGUCGACUCCCAGCGCGAGACACUGGUCAGCAACGUCAGCUCUGACGAGCCCAGGUUCGCGGUAGCAGGUUUGCGGCCGGGCCGGCGGUACCGACUGGAGGUGUACGCCUCCAACGCCAAGGGCAGGAGCGAUCGACACGUGACCCACUGCGAGACGCCCGAGGACGUGGCCCAGCGCAUCACCGCCGCUGAUGCUG